AUGGGCAGUGACGAUAAAGUGAACGGAUACCUGGCCCCGGGCGGGGCCGUGUUCACCUCCAGGCUGGCCCCGCGCUGCUUUCUGGCCAAAGGGCUGUUCCUGAUCCCUCUCAGGCCUCGCUUGGAUCGUGCUAUUUCCAACUCCCUGUUCCCAAUUCUCCCCCUCUCUGCUUUCUGUGUGCACAAGGAUGCAGUGUCCUACAUCCUGAGGAUUGAGGGGAGGCCAUACACCAUCCACCUGCAGCAGCAUGCCUUUUUAUCUGAUGGUUUCCAGACUUACGUGUCCAGCGAGCAGGGGUCUUUGCAGGCUGGCUCUGCCCACGUUGAGGUAACCUGGCCUUGCUUUGGGCUGUCUGUGCUUUCGGUGUCUCUGCCCAAGGCAGCUGGUCCAGCUGGAGGCUGUCACUACUGGGGGUACAUCGAUGGCUUCCCUGGCUCGGCUGUGACCCUCAGCACCUGCUCAGGGCUCAGGGGUUUGCUGCAGUUUGAGAAUGUGAGCUACGAGAUCCAGCCCCUGGGCUACUCCCCUGCCUUCCAGCACGUGUUGUAUCGAGUGAGUGAGGAGCAGAUGGCAGAGGCCCUCCCAGCCCACAGCCCCCCCAGAGGAGGGGAGAUGUUGGACAAGGCCCACGGGGACGAUGAGCCCCUCUCGGCCGCUGCACAAUCUCCCAAAUACCUCACAGUCUACGUGGUCUUGGACAAGGCUUUGUACAACUAUAUGGGAUCAGACCCAAAUGCUGUGACACAGAAAGUAAUCCAGGCCUUCAAUUUAAUCAACAAUAUGUUUAAUCCCCUUAAUGUCACCAUUGUGCUGUCCUCCCUGGAGCUGUGGGCAGAGGGGGAUAAAAUAUCGACAGCAGGGGAUACAGAUGAUCUUCUACAGAGAUUUUUACAGUGGAAACAGCUGUCCCUGGAGCCACAGGCACACAACAUUGCUUCUCUCUUAGGGUACAGGGAGCAAGGAGCAUUCACGGCUGCAGCGGCUCCAGGAGGGGCAUGUGAGAGAGAUGCUGCUGCCACAGUGGCCCUGUACCACGGCAAGGUGACGCUGGAGUCCUUCUCCACGCUGCUGGCGCAGGGGCUGGGCCGCAGCCUGGGCAUGGACCAGGACAGCCCCCGAGGCUGCAGCUGCCCCGGGCGGGUCUGCACCAUGAGCCCCCAGGCGCUACAUUUCAGUGGGGCAAAAGCCUUCAGCAACUGCAGCUCCAGGGCCUUUGAGAGCUUCCUGAGGCGGGGCAGAGGCGCCUGCCUUUUCGGCAGCCCCCGCCUGUCCCGCCGGAGCGGAGCCCUGUGCGGCAACGGCGUGCUGGAUCCGGGCGAGCAGUGCGACUGCGGCACGGCACAGGAAUGCCUGAAGAACAGGUGCUGCACUCAAACGUGUAGACUGAAGCCAAGAGCAAGAUGUGCCUCCGGAUUAUGUUGUAGGGGUUGUCAGUUCAAGCGGAGGAACUCGGUGUGCCGCCCGGCCGCCGAUGCCCAGUGCGACCUGCCCGAGUUCUGCAGCGGCUCCUCCGCCUCCUGUCCCCCCGACGUGUUCAUUCAGGAUGGGCACGACUGCGGCCAUGGCUCUGGCUACUGCUACCAGGGACGCUGCCGCUCCUCGGACCUGCAGUGCAAGCGGCUCUACGGGAAAGAUUCAAGGAAUGCUCCCAUCAUCUGUUACGAGGAGAUUAACGGGCAGCAAGACAGGUUUGGGCACUGCGGGUUCAAGAGCAAACACAAGUACCAGCCCUGUACUUGGAGGGAUCUCAGGUGUGGGAAGUUAAUCUGCACGUACCCGUACCACAAGCCCUUCUCAUCAACUGCUGCUGCCGUCAUUUACGCCCAAGUGCGGCACCAUUUGUGCGUGUCUCUGAACUACCUGAACAUACCAGCGUGGCUGGACCCACUUCUGGUUCCCCCAGGGACAAAGUGUGGCUCUGGAAGGGUGUGUAUAAACAACACAUGUCACCCACUCUCGGAGCUGAGAAUCAACUGUGACAGCAAAGCAAACUGCCACGGCCACGGCGUGAGUGCCACGGGGCUGGGAGCGGGCAGCACGGGGGGUGUCCCCAUCCGGGACGUGAACAGGGAGCUGGAGCCGGACCUGGAGAUAAACCUGGAGCCAGACCCAGAGCUGGCCCUGGAGCUGCAGACAGACCUAGAGCGAGACACAGACCUAGAGAUGAAGACAGGCACGGACCCUGCAGCAGAGCCAGCGCUGGGGCAGCACCACGGGCGCUAA